AUGGCAAUGAGGAAAGUACUACACUUCAUCGCACUGUGUCACAUAAUCUCAGUGACCAAGACUUCUUUUAUCCAACUUAAUAAUGGAAGUUAUGAAGAUAUUGUCAUUGCAAUUCAUUCUGGAAUACAGGAGAACAUUGAGAUUAUUGACAAAAUUAAGGAAAUGGUGAUAGAUGCAUCAAGUUAUCUAUUCCAUGCUACAGAGAACAGACUCACCAUAAAGAGUGUGAAAAUUUUAAUUCCAAUAACCUGGACAUCAAAAAACUACACAAAGCGUGAAAGAGAAACUUAUGAAGAGGCAGAUAUUAUUAUCACACAUCCUUUCCUGAAAUACGGAGAUGACCCAUAUACUAUUCAGUAUCGAGGGUGUGGGGAACAAGGAAAGUACAUUCAUUUAACACCUAAUUUCUUGUUAAAUACCAGCCUGGCCUCAGUAUAUGGAUCUCCAGGAAGAAUAUUUGUCCAUGAAUGGGCACACCUUCGAUGGGGUGUUUUUGAUGAGUAUAACACUGAUAAACCCUACUACGUUUCCAGAGAUCGUACAGUAGAAGCUACAAGGUGCUCUGUUGAUUUAAAUGGUACUAACAUAAUACAGGAAUGUGAAGGAGAUUCCUGUUUAGUAAGGCUGUGCAAAAUUGACUCCAACACAGGUCUUUAUGAACAAGGGUGUCUCUUCUUGCCUGACGAAGACCAGCAUGUACAAGAAUCAAUUAUGUAUUCACAAGCACUUCCUUCUGUAACAGCAUUUUGUAAUGAGAGUAAUCAUAACACUGAUGCUCCAAAUCUACAGAACAGAAUGUGUAACUUACGCAGUACCUGGGACAUCAUCAUGAACUCCACAGACAUGAAGUCCACUCCACCCAGACCUGCGACCAAUGCACCUGUCCCCACCUUCACACUGCUGCAAUAUAAGAAGAGAGUGAUCACAUUAGCAUGUGAUGUUUCAGGAAGCAUGGCUCAUUUUGAUCGCAUUGGACGAUUUUUACAAGCAGCUGAAUUUUUCCUUACUCAUAUCAUUGAAGAGGGAUCUUAUGUUGGGAUUGUUGAAUUUUAUACAUUUGCGUAUGCCAUAUCUAAACAACUUAUUCAAAUAACCAGUGAUAAGGACCGUGCAAUGCUAAUAUCAUAUCUUCCCACUACAGUAGUAAAUGAUGGUUCUAAUAUCUGCAAUGGGAUUCUAGAAGCACUUAAGGUAAAUACAUUUCUUGAUGGUUCUUCAGCUGGCACUGAAGUAAUACUGGUAACAGAUGGAGAGGAUAAUCUUAAGGAGUGCUUCGGUAGCAUAUCUGAGAGUGGUGCAAUAAUUCAUGUAAUAGCACUUGGGUCUGAGGCAUCAGAAGACCUUGGAGAGAUUGCAGACAUGACUGGGGGACAAAAACAUUUUGCAAGUGAUAAAGUUGAUGCUAAUGACUUGAUAGAUGCCUUCAGUGAAAUCUCAAAUGGAAAUGGUGAUGUGACUCAGCAGCCUAUCCAGCUGGAAAGUAGGAGUUUAAACCUUGAGCCUGAGCAGUGUAUGAAUGGCACCAUUUUUAUUGACAGCACAAUUGGCUCCUACACGUUCUUCCUAGUAACAUGGCAAGUUUCUGUUCCAAGUGUCAACUUACAAGACCCGGAAGGAAAAAUAUACAUUGAAAAACAAUUCACCAAUAACACACUUUCAAGGUCAUCGAGACUUCAAAUCCCGGGAAAGGCAGAGAGUGGAGCUUGGCAUUACAACCUUUGUAAUAACCUUAAAGAAGAUCAAGUAGUGGGUAUUAUAGUGACAUCCAAGGCCGUGGAUGAAAGUGUGCCUCCCAUUACUGUAAAUGUCCAUAUGAACCAGGACACGAAUAGUUACCCCAACCCAAUGGUUGUUUAUGCAUCAGUGCACCAAGGUCUAUUGCCUGUGACAGGAGUAAAAGUGACAGCAUUUAUUGCAGUAGAAAGUGGAAAGUCUGUGAGUCUAGAACUUCUGGACAAUGGGGCAGGUGCUGAUAUAACCAUAAACGACGGUGUCUACUCAAAAUACUUCACCUCUUUCACAGAAAAUGGAAGAUACACCUUAAAAGUGCAUAUUGAAGGUGGGGACACAGAGAGCAGGUUGGCAACGCCCAUAAAUCGUGCUCAUUACAUUCCUGGAUAUAUAAGAAAUGGUACAAUUUCUAUGAACCCCCCAAGACCUGUGGUUAAUAGUGAUGACCUUCACGUUACCUUGGGUAAAAUACGUAGAAUAAUUUCAGGAGGCUUUUUCACUGUAAAUAAUGUGCCAACAAGUCCGCAAAGAAUCAACUACCAUCCUGGGAAAAUAACUGAUUUGGAGGCAAAAGCACAAGGGAACUCAAUUGUAUUGUCUUGGACAGCAACCGGAGAUGACCUGGACCAAGGAACAGUGUCAAGAUAUGACCUGCGAAUGAAUAUCAGUCCAAAAGAUCUCAGAGACAACUUUAGAAACUCAGCUUCAGUUAAUAUCUCCAACAUCACACCACAACCUGCUGGAUCCAGAGAAAUAUUCACAUUUGUUCCAGAAGAUGUAGAUAAAGAGAAUGGAACUGUUUUUUAUUUUGCAUUGACUGCCAUUGAUAAAGACAAUCAGGAAUCACAUAUUUCUAAUAUAGCACAGGGUGUCCUAUCUACUUCAACAAUUCCGGAAUCUACUAGUGCUAUAGCCCCUACUACAACUGGUAGCACUAGUUUACAAACUCAUAAUUCUACCCCAACAGCAGAGGACACCAUCACACUAGUUGACAGUACCAGCUCAUCAGCCAAUAGCAUGUUGCCUCCAACUGGUGUCAGUGACAUAUCAACUGUCAGUACAAACCCACCAACAGACAGUCCUCUACACUCAACUGACACCAGUCUCUCACAGAUGAAUAACAGUUCAACACCACAUGACCGCAGCAGCACACCAACUGAUAACAUGCAACCAUCCACUAGCAACACUGGCCCACCUGUUGUCAACACAACGUCAUUUACUAGCAUACCUAUUCCAUCAACUGAAAUACUCAGACCGACUGGGGAUACCUUGCCAUCCACUGGAACUAUGCUACUACCAACUAAUAACACUUUCACUCUGCUAGAAACUAAGUACACCAUACUGACUGACAGCCUUGUAACAAACAACAAUACACAACUGAUUAGCAGCACAAUUCAGCAAGUAACUGAAAUCACACUAUUACCUAACAACAUAACAACCAGCAGUGCACCAGAAACUAGAACAACAGCUAGUUCCUCUCCAGGUAAUAUAAAUAAAACUGCAGUUAUAGUAGUAGUAUGUGUUGCAGCAGUUCUAAUCUGUGUAAUUAUAUAUAUUACUGUUUACUGUGUAAAAAGAAAAAGAAGAGGCUAUUAUUUCACAGCAUAAAACUCAUAAACAGUAAAAUAUAGGUUUAUACAUGUAUAUUCUUAAUAAGGAUACUUUACCAA